AUGACUUCCAGGAGACCAAUGACCCGUUCUUUUUCUGGCAAUGGGAGGACGAGCAGCUUCAGUGAAGAAGAUGGCAGCAAUGGCCGUUCAGAAACCCGCAACACCUACCUGUCAAAUGUUAGGCCUGAAAACAGCUAUUCAAGGUAUUCUCGCAGGCCCACGAGGAGCACAUUGUGCAGCGUCAUGGCUCAGCUGACCGAGGACAUACAGCCGUCUUUUGAAACCACCUUGAAAUCCAAGGCAGUAUCAGAAAACUGUAAUGUGAAAUUCACCUGUGUGGUAUCAGGAUACCCACCUCCCGAACUAAAGUGGUAUAAAGAUGAUAUGGAAAUGGACCGGUACUGUGGACUCCCAAAGUAUGAAAUCCGAAAGAAUGGAAAAACUCAUACUCUUCAUAUUUACAACUGCACACUGGAUGAUGCCGCUAUCUAUCAGGUCUCAGCCAGCAACAGCAAAGGCAUCGUUUCCUGCUCAGGAGUUCUGGAAGUUGGCACGAUGAGUGAGUUUCAGAUCCACCAGCGGUUCUUUGCUAAGCUAAAGCAGAAGGCGGAGAAGAAAAAGAAAGAGCCUGAGGUACAGACCAAGAAGGAAGACAAAGAAAACAUUCGGAGGGAGAAACCACAGAGCAGCCCAGAAGCCCCCCCAAGGAAGCGAUUGGUCCCACCAAGAGAAGAGAGAACAUUGGUCAAGGAGCCUGCUGCUGUGGAGCCACUGGGAGCUGCUGGAGAAACUAAUGGGAUUAGCUCAAGAGAUCAGGAAAUGGCCCCUGUGGCACCAAAAGACAGUUGUCUACAGGAUAAGGAACCCCCAUCAGAAGACACUUUGGCCAAAAAGAGAAUAAAGAUGUCAAACGGCAUAGAUAGUAGCAUCAAGAAUACUAGUAGCACAAGUAGUAACAGAAGCCAGGUGAACGGAAACGGAGGGGAAAACUGUUAUGAUGGAGGAAUGAGUUUGGCACAGUUCUUGUCUGAGACCCUCCAGUCCCAGACAAGUGAGGACAAACAGACCUCACCUCAAGUGGAGAAGCCAAAGGAGAUGGAUACAACUACAGUAAACUGUAGUACGGAGGCAGAUAAUGAUCAGGAGAAGAUAAGAAAAAAGAAAGAACUGGAGAAGACAUUGCAGGAAGAAUAUGAGAAAGAGAAAAGAAGAGAGCAAGAGUUGUUUAUAGAGAGAGAAAGAGAACGAGAGAGGCAGGUGGUAGCAUUUCAUACAGCUUCUCACAGCAAACAUGCUCCAGAAAGCAAACAUCACAGCAAGGGCCAUAAAGAUCAUGACCAUCACAACAUCCAUACUUCCAUCUCCUCUAUGUUUCAUUCAGUCAAAGACUUUCUCUUUGGCAAGAGUAAGAAGGAGUGUCACGGCUCUCAGAAUUCCCUGAAUGACAAUGAAGACCGGUAUCAUGAGCACCCGCUCACCUCAGUACAAGCCCCUCAACCGGAAAUGCCGCCGUCGUUUCAGCUGCAGCCCCAACAUCACACGCAGGCAAGCACACCGUCCACAGAGGAAGCCGUGCCAAUGGAGGUGGAUCAAUCUGAAGAGCCCUCACGCAGUACGGAUACAGAACAACAAUCAGGAUCACUGGAGCCAGUGAAGUCUACACAAGAAGAUGGCGUUCUGCACACAGACUCUCCACCAGUUCAGUGUGAAACUGACGGUGCUGUAGAGGCCCUGCCAGUUUCUGAGGAGCCGCAGAGCGUCUGUACAGGUGAAGAAGCCUCACCUUCUGCGACUCAGGCUCUGACUCAGAAGGUUGGUGACGGUGUGCCACCGGUCUCUCAAAGGACAGAGGAAAGCUCUGUACCAGAAAUCUCCAAACCAAAGCCUGUCAAGGAUAUUAGAGUGGAGAACUCAACUUUAAUUGAAGAACUCCAGAAAAGGAGAGGGUCUGUUGAAAGGCUCACCUCCAAACCCCCAGCAUAUCCGUCACUCAGUCCAGCCAGUCUCCGCAAAUUUAUGUCCAAAGCCGCGCCAGACUCGGACAAUGAGGCCGUUACCUCUGCGGGCGACAAGGCAGAGGAUGAUCUCAGUGGAGGCUCGACACCAACAUCAUCCCUCUCCUGUGAAAGCAGUCCCAGGAUGAAACGCAGAGACAGUCUGACGCUCAUACGGUCCGCCACGCCUGAGGAGCUGGCCUCCGGCGCGCGGCGCAAAAUCUUCAUGCCGAAACCUAAAGACGACGCAGAGGCGUCGGUGUUCGGUGUGCUCGAUGCACAGGGCAAGAAGGAGGGUUCUUACAUGUCACCCAGCCAGGCUCGCAGAGCAGCGCUGCUGCAGGCUGGUACGGGACAAAGCACCCCACCGAUGGAGCGGCGCUCGCCGCUGCUGAGCCGCCGGAAGGCCACCUUGGAGGUGCCCAAAGUCAUGGAGGAGCCACCUGUCGAGGAGCCAGCCAGCAACAAGCGAGAGGACAAACCAGCUGAAAAGAAGUUAGACCCACUGAAAGCUCCACAGGUAAUCCGGAAGAUCAGGGGUGAGCCAUUCCCAGAUGCCUCGGGACACCUGAAGCUGUGGUGCCAGUUUUUCAACGUGCUCAGUGACUCCACCAUUAAAUGGUACAAAGAUGAGGAAGAAAUACUUGAGGUGAAGAGAAGUGGUGGUGAUGAAAGUCAAGUCGCACUGGCAAUUGUUAUGGCAUCCAGCCAAGACUGUGGCGUGUAUGGCUGUACCAUCAGUAAUGAAUACGGGACGGACACCACCGACUUUCUGCUCAGUGUCGAUGUUCUGUCAGAUAUACUACUCAAAGAUGAAUUGGAAGUUGGAGAGGAGAUAGAAAUGACCCCGAUGCUGUUCACUAAAGGCCUGGGUGACUGCGGCAGCUGGGGCGAGAAGUACUUUGGCCGCAUUAUGACUGAAACGGUGCACAUGGGCGAGGGCUACGCUCACAAAACCAGCAAAGCCAAGGUCAUUUAUGGUCUGGAUCCUGUCUUUGAGUCAGGAACCACAUGCAUCAUCAAAGUUCAAAACCCCAUUGCUUAUGGAACCAAGAAUGAGAGGAACCUCUCAGAAAGAAAUCAAGACAUUACAAAGCAAGAAUGUAAAGUCCAAAACAUGAUUCGAGAAUACUGUAAAAUCUUUUCGGCUGAAGCAAGAGUUAAUGAGAACUUUGGCUUUUCACUGGAAGUGACUCCCCGGUAUCUGAUGUACCGCCCUGCAAACUCUGUGCCGUACGCAACAGUGGAAGCCGACCUUACGGGCGACUACCUUAAAUAUGCAUGGAUGGAUCCUCAGGGCAAGCUGUUCACACAAAACGGAUCAGAGGUGGAGCAGAAAUGCAGCACCUUCCAGCACUGGAUCCAUCAGUGGACGCACGGCAAUUUGCUCGUCACUCAACUGGAGGGUGUUGAAACAAAGGUUACAAACAUCAGAGUUGUGACAAAGUCAAAAGGAUAUCAAGGACUGACUGAGUGCGGCUCUCCUGAGGUGUUCGAACAGUUCCUGACACAACAUCAGUGCAACUACUACUGCGGCCUUCUCGGCCUGCGCCCACUGAAGUCCAUGGACAGUCUGCAGCAGCCCGCCAAGAUCAAGGGCUCCAGAAGCCCCCUGCUCAACCGCAAGCUGGGCGGCAGCAGCCCACAGCUCCAGCGAAAGGGACAAAGCCCUCAGCUGUCUAGAAAGCCAAACUCGAGCCCAAAAGCUAGUAGAAAGGCCCAAGAGACAGAUGAGAGUAAAGCCAAAGCCAAGCCUGCAGAAACUCCUGACGCUCUUGAAAUGAGGUAGGAGGGGAAAAAAAAAAAGGCUGUUUGUUUAGUUUAAGUUGUUU